UUGCUUCAUCAGUUCAUAGUUACUCAAAUUCGUUUGUGCGAGAUUAUCAAGCAUAAAAGCAUAAUUUACUUCGUGCCUAAUUCGCGUAUACCUAUUAGAAAUGUUUUCGAAAUUAGUAUCGUUGGUUUUAGUAUUGUGCGUCUAUAACGUCGCAGCUGUAACUUACGAAGAAGCUUUUAGCUCAUGCAAAACCAAAUUUAAUUUGCAAAAUGACGCUCCUUUGGAUUAUUUCAUGGCUAACGGUAAAUUCGAAACUGGCAAAGAAAAUUUGAAGUGUUUCUUCGAGUGCUUGGCCUCUGACUUAGGAGUCAAAUCUGCUGACGGUAGCGUUAAUGGAGAAGCAUUGAAAAAAUUAGCUCAAAGCCAUACUCACUGCCAAGAAUUAGCUUUAUUCGGAUCUGAAGAAGUAUUGAAACAAUGCAUAAAGUCUUCAUACACUGGCACUGAAUCUUGUGACAAAGUAUUCGAAUUCAUACAAUGUUCUGUACAAUUGAAAAUCGCCAGCAGUAAAUCAUCGUAAGAUUUUGAGUCAUAAUAUGAGCAACACGAUUCAGAUUAAUGAAGAAAUGAAAUUACAUCGACAUUUUAAAAUAAUAUAGAUAAUUAUGCGUAUCAUUAAUUUAUGUUUUUUUAAAUUUGAUUUUCGAUUUUGGCAAAAAUACCCGAUACCUACCUACUGUGCUAUUUUAUUGCUAAAUAUUUUUGAUUUUCUGAAACUAGUCCUAAUUUCUUAAAUUGGAAGAUUUAAAAUUUGUAUAACAUUUUGUGGUAGCUGCAAUAAUGUAACAUUUGUAAUUUUUUUCUAAUUUAAAAUUUUAAAAAUAAAUUACUGAUCCGUGA